AUGAAGUGGACCGUGGUGUGGUUGUAUUUCUUCAGUUUUGCUGUUGAAAUCCAGGCCACACUGGCUGACAACCAUGUCAACAACAUCUGCAGCACUUGGGGCACGCAGCACUUUAAGACCUUUGAUGGUGAUGUGUUCCAGUUUCCUGGCUUGUGUGAGUACAACCUGGUCAAAGACUGCCGCGAAUCCGAGAAGAAGUUUUCUGUGCACAUUAGACGAGAAGAAAAUGACGGAAAUAUAACAAUACGUUAUGUUGUGGUCACCAUCUCUGAAAAUACAUUCAACCUAACCGAGACUGAGGUCACUGAAAAUGGGAAUCCAGUCACUCUGCCACACUACAGUGGGGGAGUAAAGGUGGAAGAAAGUACAUUUUACAUCAGGCUUCGAGUUACUAAAGUCGGCAUUACUGUCAUGUGGAACCGUGAAGAUGCAGUCAUGGUGGAAGUUUCAAACAGAUACAAGAACCAAACUUGUGGCCUUUGUGGAGAUUUCAACGGCGUCCCUGUCUAUAAUGAGUUCAUGGAUAAUGGUUUUAAAAUGACUCCCAUUGAGCUUGGAAUCAAACACAGAGUCCAUCUGCCAAACGAUGAAUGCAAAGACCCUCAUGUGGAAGAUGAUGAGCCAAAGACGAAUGUGUCACAUUCAUGCAAAGCAUUUCAAACUAUCUGUGAAAAAAUAUUUAACGGGGAUUCCUGGAGUUCAUGCACCAGCCUGAUUGGUGCUGAAGCUUUCAUCAAGGCAUGUGUGGUAGACAUGUGUGCCUGUAACAACGGUACCAGUGACUUCUGUGUCUGCAGCACAAUGUCUGAGUUUUCUCGUCAGUGUUCGCACGCAGGAGAACAGCCACCCGACUGGAGGAAACCUGAUUUCUGUGGUAAACAGUGUCCCUACAACAUGCAGUAUGAAGAAAGUGCUUUUCCUUGCAUGGAUACUUGCACACAUCAGGACACAAGAUUAGUGUGUGAGGACCAUAAAACAGAUGGCUGCUUCUGUCCUCCUGGAACGGUGUUUGAUGAUAUUUCUGAGAGAGGCUGCAUCCCUCUGUCUGAGUGUCAGUGCAAGCAUGACAAAAUCUACGACUCUGGAGAGGUUUACCGUCAUGAAAAAACAAACUGUACUUGUUCAGAGGGGAAGUGGGAGUGUGAGACUUUCGAGACCCCGGCUACAUGUGCAGUUGAGGAAGGUUUACAUUUCACAACAUUUGAUGGUACUACUUAUACCUUUCAUGGAAAUUGUCUUUAUACCCUGGCCAAGGUGGAGAGCAAGGAUGGAGUAAGUCCAAACUUUACUAUUCGGGCCCAGUUGGGACAAUGUGGAGAAAAAAAAUCUGAUAUUUGUCUAAAGGCUCUUAAAAUCCAUCUGGGCGUAGAUAAUGUAUUAAUGUUUACAUCUGAGGGAAAAGUUCAACAGAAUAUGGAGGACAUCAGUUUGCCAUAUUACUCAGGGGACAUCAAAAUAUUUCAUGCUUCAUCUUUUCAUAUUUUGCUCAAUGCCAAGUUUGGCCUCCAAAUUCAGAUCCAGCGUGUUCCUGUUAUGCAAGCCUACAUCAGUCUGGAAAGCAGCUACAAAGAAAAGACACGUGGUUUAUGUGGAAACUACAACAUGGCUUUGAAUGAUGAUAUGAGGACUCCACAAGGGAGCCAAGAAGGAACUGCUGUAACUUUUGGUAAUUCUUGGAAGGCUGACCAAACAUGCCCAGAUGCAGGCAAAGAACUUGAUAGACCCUGUACCGACAGUAUGGAAACUGAGAAUUAUGCCCGACAUUGGUGCGAAAUGCUCAGAAAUUCAACUGGUUCAUUUGCAAACUGCCAUUCAGAGGUUAAUCCUGACUAUUACUACAAGCGCUGCCUUUACUCCACCUGCAGCUGUGAGAAAAGCGAAGACUGCUUAUGUGCCGUCUUCACCUCUUAUGGUCGGGCUUGUGCAGCAAAGGGAAAGUUUGUGACAGAUUUUGGAAACCAAUGCGAGAAACACACAAAGAACUGUCCAUCAACUCAGAUCUUCACUUACAAUCACCGGAGAUGCCAGCUGACCUGUAGUUCACUGAGCUCAGAUCAGCAGAGCUGCACUUCACAUUUCUUGCCAGUGGUUGGCUGUUUCUGCCCUGAUGAUCUCUAUCUGAAUGAAAAAGACACUUGUGUACCCAAAGAAGAAUGUUCCUGUUCCUAUAAAGGAGAAUACAUUGAAGCAGGGAAUUCUCUCAACAUCGAUGCUGAGCACUGGAUGCAUCAGAAUGUGUAUCUGGCUGCAUGUGUCCUCCUGACCAGCUUGAUGAUGGCAAAGGCUCCUAGAGCUACGAUCAUCCUGUCAGAUGGAGCAUACAAAGAGGAAGGUUUGGAAAAUGGCACAAAAAAAGAAUAUCGAAUAACAAAUCUGGGCUUUUAUAUUGUGCUAGCUUCUAAAAUAGGUCUAACUGUAAUUUGGGAUCGCAAAACAUAUUUUGUUAUCCAGCUGGAAUCACAAUUCAUGGGUCAAGUGUGUGGACUGUGUGGAAAUUUUGAUGGCAAUGGAGAGAACGACUUCACCACCCGGAGUGGGUUGGUAGUGAGCAGCCCAUUAGAGUUUGCAAACAGCUGGAAAGGGGACAGCUCUUGCUCAGAUGUGGAUAAGCUUAUUGACGCUUGUGAAAAAGCACCUCAUCGAGACCAUUGGGCAAAAAUGAAGUGCAACAUCAUAAAUGGAGACACAUUCAAAGAAUGCCACUCCAAGGUAGAGCCUCUUCUGUUCUAUGAAAACUGUGUGAAAGACACAUGUGCCUGUGACACUGGAGGGGACUGUGAGUGUUUCUGUUCAGCUGUUGCAGCUUAUGCUCAAGCUUGCAAUGAAGCUAAUGUUUCAAUUUCAUGGAGAACUCCAGAAAUCUGUCCUGUCUUUUGUGAUUACUACAAUGAUCAUGACUGCUUAUGGCACUACCAUCCUGGGACUCCAAAGUCAUACCAGACUUGUUCAAAUUAUUUUCUACAUGUUCCAAAGCUUGAAGAAUCCACAACACCUACACAAUCCACCACAACUGAAACACCAACUACAACACAAAUAAUUACAACUCCCACCACAUCAGCUGAGUCAACAACAAUACCAACUGGAACCACAGAAUCCACAACACCAUCAACUAAGUAUACAACUGUAACAUAUCCUACUACAACCACAACUCCCACCACAGAAUCCACAACACCAACAGAAUCUACCACAACUGAAACACCAACUACAACACAAAUAAUUACAACUCCCACCACAUCAGCUGAGUCAACAACAAUACCAACUGGAACCACAGAAUCCACAACACCAUCAACUAAGUAUACAACUGUAACAUAUCCUACCACAACCACUAUUCCCACCACAAAAUCCACAACACCAAAAGAAUCCACCACUACAACUGAAACACCCACUACAACCACGACAAUUACAAGUACCACCACGUCAACUGAGUCUACAACCAUACUAACUGGAACCACAGAAUCCACAACACCAUCAACUAAGUCUACAACUGUAACAUAUCCUACUACAACCACAACUCCCACCACAAAAUCCACCAAACCAAGAGAAUCUACCACUCCAACUCAAACACCAAGUACAACCACAACUCCCACCACAUCAACUGAGUCAACAACAAUACCAACUGGAACCACAGAAUCCACAACACCAUUAACUAAGUAUACAACUGUAACAUAUCCUACUACUACCACAACUCCCACCACAGAAUCCACAACACCAACAGAAUCUACCACAACUGAAACACCAACUACAACACAAAUAAUUACAACUCCCACCACAUCAGCUGAGUCAACAACAAUACCAACUGGAACCACAGAAUCCACAACACCAUCAACUAAGUAUACAACUGUAACAUAUCCUACCACAACCACUAUUCCCACCACAAAAUCCACAACACCAAAAGAAUCCACCACUACAACUGAAACACCCACUACAACCACGACAAUUACAAGUACCACCACGUCAACUGAGUCUACAACCAUACUAACUGGAACCACAGAAUCCACAACACCAUCAACUAAGUAUACAACCGUAACAUAUCCUACUACUACCACAACUCCCACCACAGAAUCCACAACACCAACAGAAUCUACCACAACUGAAACACCAACUACAACACAAAUAAUUACAACUCCCAUCACAUCAACUGAGUCAACAACCAUACCAACUGGAACCACAGAAUCCACAACACCAUCAACUAAGUCUACAACUGUAACAUAUCCUACUACAACCACAACUCCCACCACAAAAUCCACCAAACCAAGAGAAUCUACCACUCCAACUCAAACACCAAGUACAACCACAACUCCCACCACAUCAACUGAGUCAACAACCAUACCAACUGGAACCACAGAAUCCACAACACCAUCAACUAAGUAUACAACUGUAACAUAUCCUACUACAACCACAACUCCCACCACAAAAUCCACCAAACCAAGAGAAUCUACCACUCCAACUGAAACACCAAGUACAACCACAACUCCCACCACAUCAACUGAGUCAACAACCAUACCAACUGGAACCACAGAAUCCACAACACCAUCAACUAAGUAUACAACUGUAACAUAUCCUACUACUACCACAACUCCCACCACAGAAUCCACAACACCAACAGAAUCUACCACAACUGAAACACCAACUACAACACAAAUAAUUACAACUCCCACCACAUCAGCUGAGUCAACAAUGAUACCAACUGGAACCACAGAAUCCACAACACCAUCAACUAAGUAUACAACUGUAACAUAUCCUACUACAACCACAACUCCCACCACAAAAUCCACAACACCAACACAAUCUACCACUACAGCUGAAACACCAACUUCAACCCCAAUAAUUACAACUCCCACCACAUCAACUGAGACUACAACCAUACCAACUGGAACCACAGAAUCCACAACACCAUCAACUAAGUCUACAACUGUAACAUAUCCUACUACAACCACAACUCCCACCACAAAAUCCACCAAACCAAGAGAAUCUACCACUCCAACUGAAACACCAAGUACAACCACAACUCCCACCACAUCAACUGAGUCAACAACCAUACCAACUGGAACCACAGAAUCCACAACACCAUCAACUAAGUCUACAACUGUAACAUAUCCUACUACAACCACAACUCCCACCACAAAAUCCACCAAACCAAGAGAAUCUACCACUCCAACUCAAACACCAAGUACAACCACAACUCCCACCACAUCAACUGAGUCAACAACCAUACCAACUGGAACCACAGAAUCCACAACACCAUCAACUAAGUAUACAACUGUAACAUAUCCUACUACAACCACAACUCCCACCACAAAAUCCACCAAACCAAGAGAAUCUACCACUCCAACUGAAACACCAAGUACAACCACAACUCCCACCACAUCAACUGAGUCAACAACCAUACCAACUGGAACCACAGAAUCCACAACACCAUCAACUAAGUAUACAACUGUAACAUAUCCUACUACUACCACAACUCCCACCACAGAAUCCACAACACCAACAGAAUCUACCACAACUGAAACACCAACUACAACACAAAUAAUUACAACUCCCACCACAUCAGCUGAGUCAACAAUGAUACCAACUGGAACCACAGAAUCCACAACACCAUCAAAUAAAAUCCACAACACCAACACAAUCUACCACUACAGCUGA